AUCGACGUAGAGCAGCAAAAUACGGUCGAAUCGUCAAAUAUACUGACGGAUUUUGUUUCUUGUAACGUUGGCUGCUCCGGCGAUAACCUCUGAACUUUUGUGAGAAAUAAAAGAGCCCCAGUGGAUACGGGAAGUGGUAGUGUGAAUUAGAAAAUUGAGAUCUCGAAAUGGCAACAGUGCAGUUUAAAGACGUUUCACCCUAUAAAUUACCAAGACAACAUCCCCCAGAAGACUACAUCUAUGGAAAAUACGUACAAGAUGUAACUCUACAAAAAACCGGAGGGUAUAAUGUUAUUGGAAUUGCUCUCUUUGGGGUUGGUAGGGCAGGAUCAAUUCAUUUGACAUCACUAGUAAAAAAUCCUCGUGUAAAAUUGCUGUACAUCGUAGACGAUGACCAAUCGAAGUGGAAACCUUUGAAGGAUUAUUGGAAUCUUACAGAGACGAUAUUUUUAGCUAGUACUAACGCUUCUCAAGUUUUCAAUGAUGAAAAUGUUGAUGCAGUAGUUGUAGCAUCACCCACUCAUACUCAUGAACAGAUAGUAACUCAAGCUUUAGACCACAAGAAAGCUGUGUUUUGUGAAAAACCUGUUGCCGAAGAUAUAGAAAAGACCAGGAAAUGCUUCGAGAAAGCAAAAAAAGUGGGCAUGCCAUUGCUCACUGCAUUCAACAGACGUUUUGAUCCAGCUUACAGUACUGUUAGAGAACGGGUCAGGAAAGGAGAAGUAGGUCAUGUAACUACCAUCAAAGUCUGUAGUAGAGAUUCACCCUUACCGACUAUUGAAUAUCUUAAACAGUCAGGGGGUAUAUUUCACGAUUGUGCUGUUCACGAUAUCGAUAUGAUAAUUUGGAUUCUUGGCGAAUAUCCGUCUAAAGUGUCGGUGUCUGCCACAGCAAAUAUUCCCGAGAUAGCGGAAAUUGGAGAUCAUGAUACCGUUGCCAUUCUUCUCACUUUUCCCAGUGGCACAAUUGGUGUAAUCGAUUUAAGUAGAAACAGCAACUACGGAUAUGAUCAGCGUCUUGAAGUAUUUGGUUUUAAAGGAAUGGUAAGGGCUGAAAAUCAACAACCUGUCCAUGGAGUUGAAUUCAGUUGCGGUCUUGAAGGCUUAAAGAGGUCUCCUAUAUUUUACUCGUUCCCUUCUAGAUACCAAGCUGGGUACAUUAAUGAAACGGAGCACUUCUUAAACGUACUUCAAGAUAAAGAAAAAUUAUCUGUAGAUCCAAAAGAUGUAUUAGCUGUUACUAAAAUUGCAAGUGCAUGUGAAGAAGCUGCGAGAACUGGAAGGAUAAUAGAAUUAAAUUGGAAUGAAGAAGAUCAUCCGCAGUACCAGAAAGAGAUAGGAAGUAUUCGUUCUAAAUUAUGAAAAACUGAUCAUUACUAACCAAUUCCAGUGAAGAUAUCAUCCAUUUUACCUCUUUAUCAUUAAUUUAUCGACUUUUAUUUAUUUUUUAAAAAAAUUUUCUCGAUGUUAUACAAUAAAUUGUUACAAUACUAACCCAAGUCGUCUUUCAUUAGGUUUUAGCCACAGAUUUUAUGUUAAUGUUAAUAGUAAUGGGUCCCAUUUACUGUAAGUAUUAUCAAUAAAUAUUGUAAAAUACAAAA